CAUCAAUACACUAGUACUCAGAUCUUGCACACACAAUGGUACCAACUGUAUGGUUUCGAAGUCGGGGUGUCAACAUGGGCAUCUUUUCCUACUUAGCCGGACUACCAAAGCGCAUAUGGAGUGCGAGUUCUUUUUCUUUCUUCUCUGGCCCUCACCUUUUUUCAGGUCGUCAUCUUCAUGUCUACAUCAUCGGACUAUCGUAUUCCAGCUCUUGCUGCCAUGUCUGCGAUAGCAUAUGGCUUACUUGGCUGGUGGUCACAUAAGAAGAGAAACCCGGCAGGCCUUCCUCUUCCUCCAGGUCCCAAGCCGCUCCCAGUAGUGGGUAACGUGCUUGGUCUCAAGAUUGAUGAGCCUUGGGUCACAUACACACACUGGGGUGCUACAUACGGCGAAUUGGUGUACUCCCGUCUGCUCAACCAGGAAAUCAUUUUGAUCAAUACUGAGAAAGUCGCCAGGGACCUAUUGGAGAGGCGCUCCAACAACUACUCCGACAGACCUGGCAUCCUGUGCCUGAUGAAUGACUUUGUUGGCUGGUCAUUUAAUUCUGUCAUGAUCAAGUAUAAUGAUCGUUGGAGGCUCCACCGACGGUUGUUUCACCAAGCAUUUCGUCCAGAAGCAGCUUUUACAUAUCAAACAAUGCAGCUUCGCAAGGCGCGAGAGUUGUUGAGCAACUUGCUUGAAGACCCAGUCAACUGGAGGGCGCAUGUGCAGACGCACUCAGUCUCUAUUAUUAUGUCCGUCGUUUACGGUUACGAACCUGGCCUAAGGGACGACCCCAUCAUUACCAUUGUCGAGAGGGCUGUCGACUUAGCGGUGUCUUCUAUCAAACCCGAGGUUGCUGCUUUCCUUGGCGCAUUCCCAUUUUUGCAACACGUGCCAUCAUGGUUCCCUGGAGCUUCGUUCAAGCGGACAGCUGUCUUAUCCACGAAGUAUGCCAAGGAGAUGAUCGAGGCGCCGUUUCAGUACGUCCAAGAGAAUUUGGCGUCAGGCUCGGCAUCUCCAUCUAUGGUAGCUGACUCUUUGAGAAAAGCCGAAGAUCAAAAUGCGUCUGAGACGUAUGUCAAGGCAAUCAAAGAGAGCGCUACCUCAUCAACUAUGUUUAUUUUCAUCUUGACGAUGCUACAAAACCCGGAAGUACAAGCGCGCGCACAAGCCGAAAUUGACUCUGUGGUCGGUUCGGUCAGGCUGCCGAAUUUCGAGGACAGAGCAUCACUGCCCUAUGUCGAGGCUGUUCUCCGCGAAGUUCUCCGGUGGCACCCCGCUGUACCAUUAAGCAUCCCCCACGCUGCCACGAAUGAUGAUGUCUAUAACGGAUACUUCAUCCCGCAAGGAGCUACAAUUAUAACGAACACAUGGGCGAUCACACACAACGAAGCCAAGUAUCCCAACCCAGAAGAAUUUAAACCCGAGCGUUUCUUUGGCGCUGAUGGCAAGCUGAAUGAUGACACCGUGAACGUUGCAUUUGGUGCGGGUCGCAGAAUUUGCGUUGGGCGAUAUAUCGCAGAUGCAUCCAUCUGGUCUGCUAUGAAAUGCAAAGACGAGCAAGGCAACGAUAUCAAUGUAAAUCCGAAGUUUACUGCGGGCAUCACUUCCUAUCCAUUGCCCUUCCCUUGUCUCUUCGUGCCCCGACACAAAGGAUUUGACACGGAAAGGCUUGAUGCAAUGUUCUAAGGUUAUCUCUACGCCUGGUUAAAGCUGGUUCUAGCGUUGUAAACUGCUCUUUCUUUCUUGUAUACCAGCUUUCCUAUCCUCCACGUUGUUGUGCUAACGAUAUACGAUGUCCACUCACACUGUCCUCACUAGCAUCCGCUCAUGUUGUAUAGCUACUCUUGAUAUGUCUGGGAAAUGAUCAUACAAACUUGACGUCACAA